AUGAUUCUUUUGGCGAUCACAUGCCUGCUGCAGGAGGUCAUGGCAACUACAGGUGUAGCCCCGGACCCCUGUGUUGCCUACAUCAGCCUGAAUGAGCCCUGGAGGAACACCGAAUACCAUCUGAACCAGUCGUCCGGCGUGCCGCAGUGUGACAGCCACGUGUCAGGCGAGUGGUACCGCUUCACAGGCAUGGCCGGAGACGCCAUGCCCACUUUCUGCAUCCUGGAGAAUCACUGUGGCACUCACGCCCCCGUUUGGCUCAACGGCAGCCACCCCCAGCUCCACGAGGGCAUCACCAGCCUCCCCGUGUGCGCCAGCUUCAACAACAACUGCUGCCAGUGGAGCUCCAGGGUGGACGUCAAGGCCUGUCCCGGGGGAUACUUUGUAUACCGACUGCCCAGACCCUCAGUCUGCUUCCAUGUCUACUGUGGCCAUUUCUAUGAUAUCUGUGACGAGGUGGACUGUGCUGGCCGCAGAUGUCCAGAGGCAGAGUGUCGCUGUGCUCCAGGAACUGUGCUGGGACCGGACAGACAAACCUGCCUGGAUGUGAAUGAAUGUGAUAAAGCCAACGGUGGCUGCGCGGAGGUGUGUGUGAACACCAAGGGGUCCAGGCGCUGCGAAUGUGGCCAUGGCCGCGUGCUGGAUGAAGAUGGACUCAACUGCAGAGCGAUAGAGGGCUGUCACGUUAACAAUGGAGGCUGCAGCCACGGCUGCUCCUCUCUCCUGGGCACAUAUCAGUGUCACUGCCCCCGGGGGCUGGAGCUGGGAGAAGAUGGACGCACGUGCCAGGUGCCGGUCCUGUGUGACUCCAGCUCCAUCACAGUAUCGGUUCCGAAGGACCUGGUCGGAGGGCUGGAGCUCUUCCUGUCCAACUCGUCUUGUCGAGGCGUCUCCAACGGCACACACAUCAACCUCAACUUCAGCCUCAAGACCUGCGGCACGGUGGUGGAGGUGACAGAAAACAAGAUUGUGGGGACCAACCUGGUGACCGGCCUCCCCCGGAGCAGUCCAGGCAGCAGCAGGGACUUCAUCGUCCGCACCAGCAAGUUGGUUCUGCCUGUCACCUGCGAGUUCCCCCGGGAGUACAACGUGUCCGACGGAUACCAGGCCAGUCUGCGCAGCUCGGCCCUGGAGCUGGCCGGCCACAGCGAGGGAGUCUUUCGCUUCUCGCUGGAACUCUUCAGGAGCGCCGAGUUCUCGGAGCCGUACAGCACUCCUCCACAGCUCCGCCUGCACGAUUCGCUGUUCUUCGGGGUGGAGCCCCAGGAGAGGGUGGAGGGCCUUUCCACGCUGGUGGAGUGCUGCUUCGCUACACCCGGACCCAAAGCAGACCAACCUCUCAAGUAUUACCUCAUUAAAGAUGGAUGCAUUUCUGAUGAAACAGUGACACAGUACUCAUCAAAGGACCAGCUCUCCAAGCACUACCAGGUUCCUGUCUUCAAGUUCAUUGGCAAGGACAACCGACAAGUGUUCCUGCACUGCCAGGUGUUAGUAUGCAGGGCGGGAGACUCCCGCUGCGCUCAGCAGUGCCGGGGACGCGUCCGAAGGGCGGCCCGGGCGAGUGACCCCCGGGAGCAGCAGACCCUGAGCGCAGGCCCAGUCUUCAUCCUGCCGUAGUCGCAUUAUUAACAUAAAGCCAACAGCGCAACCAUUGAGAAAAUCACCAAGGAGCACAUGCCAUCAGCACAAGUCACAAUCAUUAAAGUGGCAUUCCCAUUUAGUUUAUCUGAGUUUAUUUGGCAUCCAAAACACCAAAUUAAUGUAGGAAAACACUCCAUUGCAACGCCCCUUUCAGGUCUCACAUAUACACAAAAACAUGGAAAAUGUACAGAAUAUACUUGGGUUUUUUUUUUGGUUUUUUUUUACAUCUCGCUCAUGAUAACUUGACUCCUGGUUAACACAUCCGAGUGUCUGUAUCUUUUCCCACAACUGCCUUGUAGCACAACUCACUGACAUUAAAGUGAAUGACAUUUCUAUUAGAAGCCAUUCACGAAGGCCACAGCUCAUUUGUAACAUCUGGAGCAUGAGAACUGUUUUUCUAGGUCACACGUUCAGGCAUUUCUCAGGCUUCAUCACAGCUUAGAGAUUUACUGGAUUUCUGACAGUGGUUUAUAUUUCACACUAUCUACACUUGAAAAAUACAUGGAAACCAUCCACGGAUGCAUCGCGGCUCAUUUUCUGGGUGUAAUCGAUGGUCUGGGAGCCUUGUCACUUAUUAGAGCGUGGUGAGAAACAGAUAUCAGUAUGCCGCGCCUGGAAAUUAUGUGCACACUUCAUCACUCUGACAAUUAAUCUGGAGUUAAUCGUGUCAGCCGAACUGCAAUUUGUUAUGCAUUUACUCAUGAAAACAACAAAUAACUGGCAAAUAACUUACAUCAAACAUUAACAUAGCGACUGUAAUAAGCGUUCAAUUUACUCAACGUUUGUGCAGACUCACUCGACAAAUCUAAGGUAGCAGCACACAACAGGCCUUAUGAGCGAACAUUGGUAAUUAUCUUGUGUCUUCCCUUUCAGAGGAAAUGAAUGCAUCUACAAUAUCCUUCACUUAUCCUUAUCAGGCGCUUUGGAGUGAUGAAGUAAUUUAUGCUAAUAUGGAGUCAUAGAAGCCUAAAAGUAGCCUGAAAUGAGGAAAAUGGAGAGUUUAAUAUGCAUGAGCCGUUAAUUGAGUUUCUGAAAGUUACAGCCAGACAAGUAAGAUCUGUCAGCAUCGCCGAUGAAUAAAUCUGUGUCAACUG